AUGGCAUUGGGAGAGGCAAUCGCAUUCUCACACAUCGCUUACCAGGUCUUUGAAUCCGUUUUACAAGUUGUGCUCAUAUCGCUGGCCGGUUUCUGGAGUGCACACUCAGGAUUACUGCCCAAACAGUCGCAGAAAAUCAUAUCGUUGCUCAAUGUCGACCUGUUCACUCCGGCUCUGAUCUUCUCCAAGCUGGCGAAGUCGCUCUCGAUGGCCAAAAUCCUCGAGAUCGCAGUCAUUCCGAUUUUCUUCGCGCUCACCACUUCCAUCUCGUUUGUGUCUGGGAGAAUAAUGGCCAAAGUGCUCAGUUUGGACAAAGACGAGACUAAUUUCGUUGUGGCAAACUCUGUGUUCGGGAACAGUAACUCGUUACCUGUGUCCCUCACGUUAUCCCUCGCUUACACACUGCCCAACUUGACGUGGGAUGAAAUCCCAAACGAUACUAGGGACAACGUCGCUUCGAGAGGGUUGCUCUAUCUGCUGAUCUUCCAACAGAUUGGACAGAUGCUGAGGUGGAGUUGGGGGUACAACAAACUGAUGAGAUGGUCUGGAGAAAACACACAACAUAUGCCACCAUCCCAGAUCCAGCACUUGCUUGAAAAUAACGCUACGGCAGACCUCAAUAACAUGACCCCAUCGGAGAAUAACUCCUCCGCUGAAUCCGAUUCUGUCACAGAACCACUGCUCAGGGGGGAAGGACAAAACCAGGACUCGCCGGUGCCCUACACAUCCCUGUGGGAGAAAACUUGGAAUAGAAUGUCCUGCUUCGUCACAAAGCUCAGAGCAAACCUCAACCCACCUCUGUACUCUAUGCUUUUCGCCGUACUUGUUGCGUGCUUCCCGUCCGUGCAGCACGAACUGUUUCAAGAGGAUGGGUUCCUGAACAACACGUUCUCAGAGGCAGUCACACAGAUCGGGUCCGUUUCGAUCCCACUCAUUUUGAUCGUCCUAGGGUCAAACCUGUACCCAUCCGCGGAAAAUUUCCGCAAGACGCACAACCACGAUAAACUCAUCGUCGGGGCCAUCGUUGGCAGAAUGAUCCUCCCCUCGUGUCUCCUCCUCCCCAUAAUUACCAUCGCCGUCAGAUUCAUCAAGGUCAGCAUCCUGGAUGACCCGAUCUUCCUGGUCGUUGGGUUCCUGUUGACCGUGUCUCCACCAGCAAUUCAACUGACUCAGAUCACACAGCUUAACGAGUUCUUCGAAGCAGAGAUGGCCGAUAUUUUAUUCUGGGGGUACGUCGUGCUCAGUUUACCCGUUAGCAUCGUGGUAGUCUCAGCAGCAAUCUACGUGUUACAAUGGGCAAACCCACAGCAGGUGUGA